AUGGAUGGACCCAACUCAUCGUACUCUCCCUUCGAGUCUUGCCGUGUUCUGUCGCGGGUUCUUGACCCGAGAUCGAUGAGUUACGAAGGCCAAACUCGCCUCGAAAUUCGUGGUGAGGUUGCCGUUUGCAAACAGGGAGAGUUAAGGGCUGAGCAGAGACAUAGUAAUCCGGCGGCAGAUUAUACGGUUGCGGUGGCGGAGGAGGAGGAAGAAGAGAACGAGUGUAACAGCGUAGGGAGCUUCUACGUUAAAAUGAACAUGGAGGGAGUUCCAAUUGGGAGAAAGAUCGAUCUCAUGUCUCUUAAUGGCUACCAUGAGUUAAUCAGAACCCUAGAUUUCAUGUUCAACGCAUCCAUCCUCUUUCAGAGAGGUUUCCGUUUGAAGCUGACUUGCGGUUUGAAUUAA